AUGUCUCAAGAAUUGCCAAAGAAUCCAAUAGUUAUUGUUGGAGGAGGGUUAGCUGGACUAUCCGCGGCACAUCAAGUGUAUUUGCGUGGAGGAAAUGUGGUUUUACUCGAUAAGCAAGGGUUUUUAUCAGGAAAUAGUGGUAAGGCUACUUCUGGUAUCAAUGGUGCAUUGACUAGAACUCAAGUUCAUUUAAAGAUUCCAGAUUCGGUUGAGCAGUUUUACCAGGAUACAUUGAAAACUGCAAAAGACCGUGCUAACCCACCUUUAAUUAAGGUUUUAACUUAUCACUCGGCUGAUGCAGUACAUUGGUUACAAGAGGUUUUCGAUUUAGAUUUAUCGGUUGUAUCUAGAUUGGGUGGCCAUUCACAGCCAAGGACACAUCGUGGUCACGAUUCAAAAUUUCCCGGAAUGGCUAUAACUUAUAGGUUAUUGGAUAAGUUAGAAUCCUUGGCUGAAGAAGAGCCAAAUCGUGUUGCUAUCUUGAAAAACAGUCAAGUUAUUGAUCUUUUAGUUGAAGGCGAGAAUAAGGAUAAAGUGGUUGGUGUUAAGUAUAAGAAUUUGCAAGACAAAAGCAAAGGCACAGUCCAUGGCCCUGUUAUUAUGGCUACUGGUGGUUAUGCUGCUGAUUUUACUAAAAAUAGUUUAUUGAGAAAAUAUCGACCAGACAUUAUUGAUUUGCCAACAACCAAUGGAAACCACGCUACUGGUGAUGGUCAAAAAAUCAUCAUGAAGAAUCAUGGUGUAGGUAUCGAUAUGGAUAAAGUUCAAGUUCACCCUACUGGUUUGAUUGAUUAUCACGACACAGACGUCAUCAAUGGUAAGGCUCAUCCAAGAUUCUUGUUUUUAGGAGCAGAAGCCUUGAGAGGUGAAGGUGGUAUUAUGUUCAACGGCAAGGGAGAAAGGUUUGUGGAUGAAUUAGGUACUAGAGAUUGGGUUUCUGGAGAAAUGGAGAAGCAAACCAAGGCUGGAAACGGUCCUAUUAGAUUAGUAUUGAGUCAGGAAAGUGAAAAGAAUUUGGGAUUCCACAUUAAGCACUAUACACAAAGAAACCUCAUGAGAACAAUUACAGGAAAAGAAUUGUGUAAAGAGAUUGGAUGUACCGAGGAUGAGAUAAGGAAACAAUUGGACACUUACAACAGAGCCGCCAAGGGAGAAAUUGAAGAUCCAUAUGGAAAAAAGUAUUUCCCAACUACUCCAUUUGAAUACAAACCUGAUGCUAAAUACCAUGUAUCUUAUAUUACCAGGGUUUUGCAUUUCACCAUGGGUGGUGUUAAGAUUAAUGAUAAAUCGCAGGUUUUAACUGAUAAGGAUGUUCCUUUUGAAGGUUUAUAUGCUGCAGGAGAAGUUGCAGGAGGUGUGCAUGGCCACAACAGACUAGGAGGAUCUUCUUUAUUGGCUUGUGUGGUUUAUGGAAGAUUAGCAGCAGAUCAAGCUUCGAGUUACUCUUUGCAUAAAUUGAGUAAUAGUGAUACUAGUGUUAAUGCUUCAAGCAGAUUAAGUAUGAUCAACUUGCACAUUGAUCCUAAUAACAGAAGAGUAAUUAUUGAUAUGGGCGAGGGCGCAGAUCAAACAGGAGCCACCAAUGACAAUGGUCAAACACCACAGACUACUAGCCAGCAAUCCUCAAGUUCAAGUAAUAAUAAUAACAACAACCAAAAAAAGGAAAAUAAUGGUGGUAAAGCAUUUACCAUUCCACAAAAAGAAUUUACACUUGAAGAAGUUGCCAAACACAACAAGCCUGGCGAUUGUUGGUGUAUCAUCAAGAACACAGUUAUUGAUUUGACAUCGUUUUUAGAUGGACACCCAGGUGGGGCUCAAUCAAUAUUAAACUUUGGAGGAAGAGAUGCGACUGAGAGUUUUGAAAUGUUGCAUGAUGACGGAUUUAUUCCAAAAUAUGUUGCUAAUUGCGUAUUAGGAGUGGUCAAGGGUACAAAAUCUGAGUUGAAGUUGUAA